UCGGCCGCGAGCAAGCGAACGAUCGAACCAGCGAACGAACCCGGCGAAGGCAGGAGCCGAGCGGCCCGACCGCGGGAGCAAGGCCCGGCGGGGGCGACGCAAGGAGGCCGAGCACGCGCCGCUCAGCCCGCUGUCCACACUCGGGGUCGCGCGCGCCGCGCCAGGACACUGCUGUCCCUGGAGGUGCCUGACAAAAAUCAACCCUGACGGCUUCCUUGAGCCCAAGUCAUUUGUCCACCUCAGCCCCCUGGAACCUCCUGGAACCCCCAGGUGUGGUUCUGCAGUGGAGCAGCCAUGGGGUCUGAGGACCACAGUGCCCAGAACCCCAGCUGCAAAAUCAUGACCUUCCGCCCCACCAUGGACGAGUUCAGGGACUUCAACAGAUACGUGGCCUACAUCGAGUCGCAAGGUGCCCACCGCGCAGGCCUGGCCAAGAUCAUCCCACCCAAGGAGUGGAAGCCACGGCAGACAUAUGACGACAUCGAUGAUGUGGUCAUCCCAGCACCCAUACAGCAGGUGGUGACGGGGCAGUCGGGGCUUUUCACACAGUACAACAUCCAGAAGAAGGCCAUGACCGUGGGCGAAUACCGCCGCCUGGCCAACAGUGAGAAGUACUGCACCCCGCGCCAUCAGGACUUUGACGACCUGGAACGAAAGUACUGGAAGAACCUGACCUUCGUCUCGCCCAUCUAUGGGGCUGAUAUCAGUGGCUCCCUAUAUGAUGACGAUGUGGCCCAGUGGAACAUUGGUAACCUGAGGACCAUCUUGGAUAUGGUGGAACGUGAGUGUGGCACCAUCAUCGAGGGCGUGAACACACCCUACCUGUACUUUGGCAUGUGGAAAACCACUUUUGCCUGGCACACAGAGGACAUGGACCUCUACAGCAUCAACUACCUGCACUUCGGCGAGCCCAAGUCCUGGUACGCCAUUCCACCGGAGCACGGCAAGCGCCUGGAGCGCCUGGCCAUAGGCUUCUUCCCUGGGAGCUCACAGGGCUGCGAUGCCUUCCUGAGGCACAAGAUGACACUCAUCUCGCCCAUCAUCCUGAAGAAGUAUGGCAUCCCCUUCAGCCGGAUCACACAGGAAGCCGGGGAGUUCAUGAUCACUUUCCCCUAUGGUUACCACGCGGGCUUCAACCACGGCUUCAACUGCGCUGAGUCCACCAACUUUGCCACGCUACGCUGGAUUGACUAUGGCAAAGUGGCCACACAGUGCACAUGUCGCAAGGACAUGGUCAAGAUCUCCAUGGACGUGUUUGUGCGCAUCCUGCAGCCUGAACGCUAUGAGCAGUGGAAGCAGGGCCGUGACCUCACGGUGCUGGACCAUACUCGGCCCACAGCCCUUAGCAGCCCUGAGCUGAGCUCCUGGAGUGCCUCGCGUGCUUCACUGAAGGCCAAGCUCUUGCGCAGACAAAUUAGUGUGAAGGAGAGCAGACCCUGGAGAAAGGCUGAGGAGGAGAGGAGGCGGGAGCCGACCAGGAGGCCAGGGCCAGCGUCGCACCGGAGACGGAGCCAGCCCAAGAAGUCCAAGCCUGAAGACUCCAAGUCUCUUGGUCUGGAUGAGCCUGGGGGCUGUUCUCGGGAGGAGGCCGCUCCUGAGGACGAGGAUGAGGAAGAGGAGCUGUUUCCCUCACAGGGCCCCGAGGCCGAGGGCCUGGAAGAGGAUGGCAGAGGCAAACCCCGACCAACCAAGGCCCGGAGCAAGAAGAAGACCCCCAACCCCCUGUCACCCCUGUUGCAGCCCGCCCCACCAGCCCUAUUACCCACUGAGGAGGUCCUGAGAUCACAGCCCCCACCCAAGUCUCCGGUGCCGGCCAUGGGCCCCAUGGCCGCAGAGGGGGGCCCUCCACCAGCACCCCUCAAUGUGGUGCCUCCUGGGGCACCAGGUGAGGAGGCAGAGGUGCGGCCGCGGCCCAUCAUCCCAAUGCUGUAUGUGCUUCCGCACACCAACACCACUGAUGGGGACAGGGAGCGCACUGCCCACCCGCAGUUGGCACCCAUGGAGCUGGGACCCGAAGACGAAAGCCAGGCCCAAGCUGGCGAUGCACAGGCACCGUCCUCCUUCUCUAAGCUGAAGGUAGAAAUCAAAAAAAGCCGGCGUCACCCGUUGGGUCGUCCACCUACACGGUCCCCAUUGUCUGUGGUUAAACAGGAGGCUUCAAGUGAUGAAGAAGCCUUCCCAUUCUCAGGAGAGGAUGAUGUCAGUGACCCCGAGGCCUUGAAGUCCCUGCUUUCGCUGCAGUGGAAGAACAAGGCAGCCAGCUUCCAAGCUGAGAGGAAGUUCAAUGCGGCAGCUGCCCUCAACGAGCCCUACUGCGCCAUCUGUACCCUUUUCUACCCCUACAGCCAGUCAGUACAGACAGAGCGAGAGGUCCCAGCUGCUCCAGGGGACAGUGCUGUCCAGCCACCCUCCAAAAGUGGCCAGCGGACACGGCCACUGAUCCCUGAGAUGUGCUUCACUUCGAGUGGGGAGAACACGGAGCCGCUGCCUGCUAACUCCUACGUCGGCGAGGAUGGUACCAGCCCACUCAUUUCUUGUGCCCACUGCUGCCUGCAGGUCCACGCCAGUUGCUAUGGUGUCCGGCCUGAGCUGGCCAAGGAGGGCUGGACAUGCUCCCGGUGUGCGGCCCAUGCCUGGACUGCGGAAUGCUGUUUGUGCAACCUCCGGGGAGGAGCACUGCAGACGACCACGGAGCACAGGUGGAUUCACGUGAUCUGCGCCAUUGCAGUCCCCGAGGUACGGUUCCUGAAUGUGAUUGAACGCAACCCCGUGGAUGUCAGUGCCAUCCCUGAGCAGCGAUGGAAACUGAAAUGUGUGUACUGCCGCAAGCGCAUGAAGAGGGUGUCUGGUGCCUGCAUCCAGUGCUCCUAUGAGCACUGCUCCACGUCCUUCCAUGUGACCUGUGCACAUGCUGCUGGUGUCCUCAUGGAGCCGGAUGACUGGCCCUACGUGGUGUCCAUCACCUGCCUCAAGCACAGAGCAGGCGGCCUCGGGGUGAGUGCUGCACCAGGGGACCCCCGCCCAUGUGUACUAGCCCUGACCACCCGGCCUUGUCCACUUGAGCAAAAUCCCACCCACAUGCGCCAUCGCCCCUGUCCCCAGGGCCAGCUCCUGCGCGCUGUGUCCCUGGGCCAGGUCGUCAUCACCAAGAACCGCAACGGGCUAUAUUAUCGCUGCCGUGUCAUUGGCACCACCGCACAGACCUUCUACGAGGUCAACUUUGAUGAUGGCUCCUACAGUGACAACCUGUACCCAGAAAGCAUCACGAGCAGAGACUGUUUGCGGCUAGGACCGCCCCCGGAGGGUGAGCUGGUGGAGCUGCGGUGGACAGAUGGCAACCUGUAUAGAGCCAGGUUCAUCUCCGCGGCCACCAGCCUCAUCUACCAGGUGGAGUUUGAGGACGGGUCUCAGCUAACGGUGAAACGUGGGGACAUCUUCACCCUGGAAGAGGAGCUGCCCAAGAGGGUACGGUCCCGGCUGUCCCUGAGCACCGGCACUCCACAGGAGCCCGGCUUCUCUGCAGAGGAUGUGAAGGCUGCCAAGCGCCCACGGGUGGCUGCUAUGGUAACCACCACCACCCAGGACCCAGGGCACAGCCCGGAAUACCUGGCCUUCGUGGAGAGCCUGCUGCAAGCGCAGGGCCGACCUGGGGCCCCCUUCUAGAUGCUGCCCACUCCCGUUUCCACUGCGGGACCUACCUGGGCAACGGGACCAGCAGGAUCCAACAUGGCCGGACUCAGGGAGAGGGGCCAGUGUCCCUGGACUGCAGCGAUUCCAUGGGACCCAUCCUGGCUGUGCUUUUCUCCUAAAGGUGCUACGGGGCAUCUCAGAGCCUCCUGUGACAGACGCCAGCCGAGGACACUGGGGCACAGCCCCAACCUGUUUUCUAGAUUCGUGGCUUUAAACAUGGACAGCGACCUACUCUUUUCCUCGGAACCGAGACCCGAGGAGAUUCACCCUUGCUCGCCGCUUGUGGGGGUCAUUUUCUCUCUUCAGCAGCAGGAGAGGCACUCGGACGGCAGCCAGCGCACGCUGGCCUGUGUGGUGGCCUGUGUGGUGGCUGCUGGUACUGUCUUCUGCUUCCUGCUGGGGAGGCGGGCCCUGCAGGCGACGUCCCUUCCCUGUCCUGUCCCCCGCCCCAUGCAGAGUCUGCCUCCGAGGCCUGGCAUGGCAGCUGCCCCAUGGGUGAGCCAGGCUGCAAGGUGGCUGAGUCCCACAGCUGUGGCCUGAGGUCCCAUGAGCCUCCCCCUGACAGCCCCUGUGUGGCUGAAGGCAGGGAGCAGGUGCCGCCUUCCCUUGCAGCAUGGGUUGAGUGACAGGGACACCCACUACUUGGGCCUGCUCUUCACUAGUGGCCACUGCCACCCUAGCGCAGUGCCCAGCAUGGACAGCUCGUCUGUAAGUGAUAAAGGACUGCACAGACAGGCCCUGGGGACCUGCUGGGUGCCCAGUGACCACCGUGUCCACAUGUAUUUUGAAAUUCUAUUUAUAUUGUAAAGAGAAUUAAAAGGGCCCAGCCUUGGGCCUAGAGGAAUGGGCUGGACCUCAGGGGCCCUCAGGCUGUGUCUCACGGGCUCUGCAGAGAGGCCUGGGUUUUACAGUGUGCAAAACAAAAACAGAAACAAAACCUCGCUCCUCCCUUACUUUUCUCCCCACCCCAGAUGAAGGAUGCCAUAAUUUUGCCUCAGUCCCCAGCCUCUGGCUCAGGAUCCAUUAAAAGCCCUCAAGCGCUUCCUAUUCCUGCCUGGCCGUGGCUAUGUUCUCAUUUCUGGCCAGGGCCAGAUGGGCUCAGGACAAAAGUUUCCUUGACAGGACGAUGGGCAUAGCAUGUUCUGGUCUGGAUGUAGGGGCUGCCGGGAGGUGGGACACCAUCCGGGUAUCAGGGCUCUCCACUCCCUCAUUUGUCAGCAGCUUCCAUCUGCUUCCUGUGCUAGCAAGGGCCACAGAGGAGCAAUGGUGCUGCGGCCUAGCAGAUCCUGGCCUGCUGGAGCAGAGGGAGGAGUGGGGGCAGGGCCUGCUGGUAGGUUGCAAGGGAGACUUGGGUUUGACCCAAGGGAGGAGGAGCGUGGGAGCCGCAGAGAAGCCCACAAGGGAUCUCAGCAGCAGGCAGCCAGGUGGAGCAGAUGACCCUGGUUUUCCAUUCCUCUGAAACAUAGACUAGACCUUGGAACAGGCAAAAGCUCUGGAGGAAAGGGAAGGCAGCCCUGAUGGGGACAUGGCCAGGAUCCUGUGGGGGUAGGGUGUUGUGCCAAGAGGGGACAUCUAACUAGCUCUGACCCCGACUGGCAGAUCCUACUGAGCUCAGAUGUGAGACCUGCAGCCUUGGGCCAAAUCUAGCCCUAGACCUGUUUUUUGUCAAUAAAGUUUUAUUUGCACAUGG